GGUGUGACCGUCACGUGACCGGAGGGAGCCAAUCACGAGUGGAGCUUCAGGUUCUUCCAGGUGCAGUUGAUGAACCAGAAGCCGGACGUCUGCGCAGCCACUUCUGUGACGGAAAAACUACAUAGUAAUACACUGAUCAUUUCUCCUAUUAUUGGGAGCGACGUUGGAGGCUUAUUUUCCAACCUGAGGAAGGAGGAGGGGGAAAGUUUGGCUCAUGGCUCUGCUUUUAGCUGCUUUAUUAAUAUUGUCUAGCGAGAUAUGGAACAAGGCCACCGUCAUCGGUUGUGUGGAUGAGAGCAAGUUUAAGGAGCAGGUGGUUUAUUUAGGGCAGCAGGGCCCUUCAUAUGUGCUGCAGUGUCCUCUGCAGACACUUGAGCCUCAGAGUUUCCCCCAAACCCUGUUUACGUGGCAGAAGGACUGUCAGCAGCUCCAGAGUCAGGAAGGGAAGGCCUUCCUGGAGUUCUCCAGCAUCAGCUUGCAAGACCAAGGCAAUUAUACUUGUAUGCAACAAGGAAACAGUACAGCAUCUUUCACUGUGCGCCUCACAGUAAAAGAGCCUCAGUGUGCCAAAGCUCCAGAGUUUAAACCAAACGGUAACCCUAGCAAACUCUGGAGGAAUGUGGGAGCCACUGUGAAACUGAACUGCUCUGCUCUGCUCUUCUGGGACCCAUCAGAGAAGCAGUGUGAAACCACACUGCAGUGGAGCAAAGAUGGCCAGCCACUCACCAACCACACUCUGAACCUGCAAAACACAACGUCAUGGUCCCCUGAUGCAGGCCAGCUGAUUGUAAGUAGCCUGCUCGAGUUCACCCUUAGAGAACCAGAGGAUUUUGGACUUUACAGCUGCACAGUGAGGAACAUUUCCUCUGACUUCAGUGUGCAAAAUUCAAUGAGUCCCAGCCACACAGCUGCAGUGAUUGCAGCCAUCGUCCUCCUCCUCCUCUUGGGCAUAGCGGCUGUAGUGUACUCCAGGUGCCACAUGAACAUCAAGCUCUGGUACAAGAACUCCUAUGGAGACUAUGAACUCAAUGAUGGAAAAUUAUAUGACGCCUACAUCUCAUAUGUCAACAACGACUAUGACCGGAAGUUUGUCAAUUUUAUCCUCAGACCUCACCUGGAGAAUAAAAAUGGGUACAAGUUGCACCUCAAUGACAACGAUAUCCUGCCUGACACUGAGCCUUCAGCUGAGCUCCUAAUGAACAUUAGCCGCUCCCGCCGCCUCAUAGUGCUUCUCUCUCACGCUUAUCUUGAGCAGGACUGGUGCACCAAUAAUUUCAGGCAGGGCCUCCGGCACUUACUGGACUUAAGUCAGCAGCCUAUCCUGAUCAUGUUAGAGGGUCAGAUCAAACGUAUGAGUCCAGAGAUAAAGGAGCAGCUCAGUGAAAACCAGCACCGCCUCACCGUACUCACCUGGAGGCACAACUCUGUGACCCCUUCAUCAGCCUUCUGGAAGGAACUAGCUUUAGCGAUGCCUCGCAGAGUCAUUUUCCACAAGGGGUCUGCAGGCGACCCGCAGACUGUACUGCAGGAUGAUAAGGACCCCAUGCUGACCCUUGACCCUGACUACCUGGACUGUCGCUUAGACACCGGCCCGGCUGGAGAUCUGGGUCUUCGUCUCCCCAUGCACGGCGCUCUGGCCUGCAAAGCUCCCGUCCUUCCAGCUGCUCCUAUGGAAGCAGCUCAACAACAAGCCUCAGACAUCGACAUCUCUGAUCUGGGAUCCCGCAACUACGGAGCGCGCUCAGACUUCUACUGCCUGGUCACCGAGGACAUUUGAUUCCUUCUAAUAUUAAAUACUUAGCUCUUCUAAAUAUUUAUGCACCAUGCAGCUGAAUGUGUUUUUCUUUUGCAGUUAUGAAAAUGUGCCAUUUUCUGUUUUUAAUUAUCAUGAUCGAUUGUUUUAUUAUAUGUUCCUCAGUUUUGUAAUGUUGUGAAGAAAAUUGAGAUUCCAAUGGACAAAUAGAAACUUGUUUUGUAAAUACUCGUCAUUUUCGUUUUGUGCCUAAAGGAGAAAGUAAAAAAAAAAGAAAUCUUUA